AUGCUGCUCCUGGGCUUCUCGGCCGCCGCCUUCGUGGCGGGGGGUUACGUCGUGGCCGUGCUGCCGAAGCUCCUUCCCGGCUCCGUGCUGAUCUGGCUCUCCUUCGAGCUGAUGGCCUUCUGGGUCUGGAACUCCCGGCGCUUUUUGCGGGUCUACGAGUACUGCCUGGUCUGGAUCAUGGUGUUCUUCUACGUGGCGGUGGGCACGGCGCCGAUGAUGCUCUUUGGCUUCAUGGCUGUCUUGGGCAUCGUCUCGGGCCAGCUGGCGAGCAUCCCCGUGAUCCGGUCCCAGAAGACGCUGGGGCACAUCCGAAGCUCCGUGCUCCACACCACCUGCGACACGGAGUACUUGAACCGCCGCGGCGCGGAGGCGGAAGUCUGGACCUUGGGCACCGGCUACCUCUACUUUGCGUCCAUGCGGCAGAUUGUCGAGGAGCUGGAGAACUUCAACAGCCAGCAUCACCUGCGCUUUACCUCGCCCUCCGACUCCGAAGAGCUCCCCGACUUCGCCUUCUCCCACGCCAUCAGCUGCGAGGCCCGGCCCCACCCUCUCUACAUCAUCAUGAACUUCGACAUGGUCCAGCAGAUGGAGUGCACGGCGGUCAGCGCCUUCCAAGAGGUGCUGAGCGUGGCCAAAGAGCUGGGCUGCACGCUGAUCCUCGCUCACGUGCAGAGCUCCUUGAUCCUGCAAAUGCAGAACUUCGGGCUGCCCUUGGCCGAGCUCCAGGACCAGGCGCCCGCAGCGAGCACGGCGCCCGAGCUGCUGCUGGUGGCCCACAACUUGGACGCGGCGGUGGAGUGGGUGGAGGAGGCCUUCCUGCGCUCCUACCAGCCCGCCCCGGGCCAGUGCCGGGGCCACACCCACGGCAACCUCAGGGACCUGCUCUCCCGGCAUGUGGACAUGCAGUCGCCUCUGGCCGGGCUGCACGUGGACUUCCACGUGUGGUUGGACGGCUACUUUCCGAGCUACAACCCGGAGCUUCUCUCCGAGCUGGUGCCGCUCCUGGAGAUCCGAAAGCUGCAGAAGGGGGACGUGGUCUACUCUGCUCCCAAGACCAGGCAGGCCACCUGCAGGAGCUCCGGGAUGGUCUAUUCCGCGCCCAAGUUCCAGCGCCAACCUCGGGGAGGUGCGUGGAUGUCAGAGGGUCAGUCGCCGCCAUUGCUUUGGCUGCUGCUCGGCUCUGUGGAACACAUCUGGAACCCGGAAAACGAGACGGAGCAGUCCGUGCGCGUCUUUCAGGACCAGAACCGCCUCGAAGCCGGAUCCGUUUUCGAGAAAGCUUCGAUCCAUCAGCGACAGGGCAGUUGGUGUGCAGGGCCCUUCAGCACUGCUCGGGCCUUCCUUGCAAACAUGGCACACCCGGGCACUUUACGAGCCGUCGACUGCAGCACCGUCGCUCUCCUGCCCCAGGAAGCCUACGACCAGCUCAGCCCGGCGCUCCGGCGGCUGCUGAACGCCUACCUGCUUCGGAAGUGGCCCACGUAUCUCCACAGCUGA